AGCUCUCUCACCGUUCCACCACAUACACACCUGCCCCCGCCACCCUCACCCACCAGCAACGAUGUCGACCGCCUUCCGCACGCUCUCGAAACACGCCCGCUCGCUCUCGAACUCCACGCGCAGCGUCCCCAGCACCUCACGCGCGUUCCAUUCGCCCUUCGCCGUGCUUUCGACAACGUCGCAAUCCCCCCUGACGACCCCGCCCGCGUCCACAUCCACCGCCGGCGGCUUCUACGAGAAGCAGUUCGACUACUCGCCCGACCCCGUGCUUGGCUCCGCCGGGCACCGCACCUACGUCGUCUCCGAGCCCGACCCGUCGAACACACCAUACCAGGUCCCCUCCGGGGCGUACCCGACCUCCGCCCCGUACCAGAACUAUACGCGCACGGAGGCGCCGGUGCCGGAGGGCGCGCAGUUCGCGUCGACCGCGCCCGGCCUCGCGCAUCCCCUCACGCAGAAGCUGCCGAGGAACGACGCGGGCGUUGGGGAGAGCGGGGCGAUCCGUCACCGGGAGGCCCCCGGGGAGAUGCACGCGCGUGGGGGGAGCUAUGGAGGUCAGGGCCUCCAGGACGCGCAGGGCACGCAGAAGGGGACCGGGGAGCUGCCGGACGUGAACCCGCCCCCGCUGUUCGAGCACGCGGAGAAGUUCUCCAAGCUUGGCGUCGACCACGCCUGGAAGGAGCGGAAGUGAGCGGCUGCUUAACUUAUCAUGGUUCGCGUCGUUGCCGAGGGAUGGUCUAGGACGGGGUUCACGGGAAAAGGACGUUCGUAAUCGCAGGUCUCUCCGCUGUUUGCACUGUGUCUGUAUAUGCUCCCGCACGAAGAGUUGUUAGUUGUACGAGUACGCUGUUGUCACGACGAGCACGAUAGGCCGUUCAUAAUCCAUAGACUGUACAUACUUGCCUCGACG